AUGUCAUAUCCACAGUUUGGAUAUCCGUACUCGUCUGCACCCCAGUUCCUGAUGACCACCAAUUCUUUGACCACUUGCUGCGAAUCUAGCGGCAGGACUCUUUCUGAUUCCGCUGUAGCAGCUUCUGCCCAAACGCCAGUUUAUUGCCCGGUUUAUGACAGCAGACUUCUGGCCACUGCCAGACAUGAGCUUAGCUCAGCAGCGGCUCUGGGCGUAUAUGGGAACCCCUACACAACCAGUCAAGGUUACGGGAACUACGUUACUUAUGGUACCGAUGCAUCCGCUUUCUACUCUCUGGGUACGUUUGACACAAAAGAAGGAACAGCGUCUGCGCAUGCGGGGAUCACUCAAGCUGCUGCUUACUAUCCUUACGAUCCUACCUUGGGGCAGUAUCAAUACGACAGAUAUGGAUCGAUGGAUGGAGGAACAAGAAGGAAAAAUGCAACUCGUGAAACUACGAGUACAUUGAAAGCCUGGCUCCAGGAGCACCGGAAAAACCCCUAUCCCACCAAAGGAGAAAAGAUCAUGCUGGCUAUCAUCACAAAGAUGACCCUCACACAGGUCUCCACGUGGUUCGCGAAUGCCAGGAGGAGACUCAAAAAGGAGAACAAGAUGACAUGGCCCCCAAGAAACAAAUGUUCCGAUGAGAAGAGAUAUGACGAUGAGGAAGAGGUGUCUCAAGAGGAACAAAUCAAAAGCGAGAACAACGACGAUGAGAACCGCAGUGGUGAAGAUAAAGAUCUACAACUAAGUGAUCUGGAUGAUUUCGACACCAUUGAGUCGGAAAGCUCUGAAUGUGAGCUGAAGCACCAGUUUCAUAUGAACACUCACAUGGCAACAACUGAGUGUACAAAUGAUCACCUUAAGGAAACGCCCUUAAAGAUAUCCAUCCCGAUUUCCCUCGAAGCUGAACAGGACUUGGCCAAAAGUUGCUUGAAAGCCGUUCCGGAAGAUUGUGAAGACGAUGUCACGAACAACAGACCGUCAAAAACGUGUUUCCAACAAGGCCACCAAAUACUAGAAAGUAAACCUAGAAUAUGGUCUCUGGCCCAGACUGCCACUUCUUUAAACCAAACUGAAUAUCCAUCAUGCAUGCUCAGAUGUCAACCGACCAUGCCCUCUUCCCCGGCGGCGUCCUCUCCUGUGAACAUUGACAGACAACAGGAUUCGCCGGUCGCCACACUUAGAAACUGGGUAGACGGGGUAUUCCACGACCCUUUAUUUCGACAUAGCACUUUGAAUCAGGCAUUGACCAAUACUACAGUUUCUUGGAGCACGACCAAAGGUGCUAUACUGGAGACAGGUUCCCUCGGACGCUCAGUUGGAAACACGAUUAAGGGACAUAUUCCUUCUUUACAGCAUCAAGAUUCUAAUAAGGAUAGUAUGUCCUUCCCGAAAACGGGGAACAAAAUGUAUUGCGCUUAACAAACCAAAACGCCGCGUGAAAGACUGAAGAAUAGGUUACUCUGGGAUGUACUCUUGAGAACGAAAAAUAAUAAAUGCAUUUCCUGAAUACGAGAUGUCUUCGG